AUGAUCGCGUCUCUUCCGCCUUCCAUUGCCACCGAGCCUUCCGCCUCUACGCCUCCCCUCUUUCCCCCCGGCCAGCCUCCCUCGUUGAACCUCCUGCGCAAUGCGGGCUUCGAGGAAGUUUCUUCUGCAGCAGACUGGCCCUCGCCCCUGUCGUCCUGGGUGCCGCUCGUCCCCGGCGCACCACAGCAGCAAGGGCAGGUGGUGGGGGAGGGGGGAGAGGUAGGGGGAGGGGUAGGGGGAGGGGAGAGUCCCCCCGGGGACCCGUCCCCUGCUGCUGAGGGCGGUCGGUUCGUUCGCCUGCAGCCCAGCGACGGCAGUGGCGGCACCGGUGGCGAGCUUUGGGGCAGCGGGGCGAGCGAGAGUGCAGGGGCAGUGUGGCCGGUGCAGGGACUGGGGCAGCUGCUGUGUGUCGCGGAAGGGGGAGAGCAGCAGCAGCAGCAGCAGCAGCAGCAGCAGCAGCAGCAGCAGCAGCAGCAGCAGCAGCAGCAGCAGCAGCAGCAGCAGCAGCAGCAGCAGCAGCAGCAGGAGGAGGCAGAGUUUUCGGUGUAUUUCUAUGCAAGGGCACGCGAGUGCACUAUGGAUCCGUUUUCUGCCUCUGGAUUGCGGCCGAUGCGAGCCAUGAUCGUCGCCGUGCCCCUCCCAGCCACUGCCGGCAGCACUAGCAGCAGCAGCAGUGUGGACGAGGGCGAGCAGGCCAGUGCGCUAGCAGCCGCUAUGAGCAGCGGAGAGAUGAUGGUGCUGCAUCAAUGGACCGUCGGCGUUCCCUGCCGCAACAACAACUCCAACUCUCUCUCCGGCCUGCUGCCCUGGCGCCAGCACGGGCCCUUCUUCUUCCACCUCCCACCCUCCUCCGCCUCCGCCGCUGCUCUAUCCUUCCCGCCGCAAGGCGUUGCUCUGCACCUCGUGCUGCUGGAGGGCAGUGGGGCGGACAGCAGCAGCAUGGGGUCGGGUGGCAGCAUCUGGGUGCCCGCUCCCGGAGACACGUCCCUGCCUGGGGGUGGGUCGUUUGGGGGUGGGUCCUUGCCUGGGGGUGGGUCGUUUGGGGGUGGGUCCUUGCCUGGGGGGGGUGCGGCUGUGACUGGAGAUGCGUCCGCGUCAGGAGCUGUUCCAUUGGCUGCAGAGGCAGCAGCAGCAGUGGAAGGCGGAGCGCUCACGUCCGCUGCAGCGGCAGCAGGGAACAUCGACAUCGACCUGGUCACGCUGGCUCCCAGAGGCACAGCGGCCUCCGCCCCUCCGUCCUUCUCCUACUCCCCAUUAACCUCCUCUCCCCUCCUCACCUCCGGAUCGGCCCGCCUCCUCCCCUCCUCGCUGCGCCUCACCCCCCUCUCUCCCCCCCACCAAGCGGGCCUUGCCCUGCACCCCACGCCCUUCCCCCUCGUCUCCCCCGCCUCCCCCACCUCCCCCUGCCGCCCCUACUCCUUCUCCUCCUCCUUCUCCUUCCGCCUCUCCUCCCCCCACCCCGCUGCCCUCGGGGCCGACGGCUUUGCUUUUGUUCUCCUGCCCGACCCGAUUGUCGGGCUGCCCGGGCCAAACAUGGGAUACGGCAAAAGGCCUUACAGGCAGGAGGAGCUGUUUGUGGCUGCAGAUGGGGGGGGACUUGGGGGUGGGGCAAUAGGGGAAGAGGAGUGUGUGGUAGUGAACGAGGCCUUUGUAUGCACUCCGAUUGGCAGCAGCAGCGGCAGUGGCAUCACAUAUAACAGCAGCUUGCCACAUCAGCACAGCCUGGCAGUGGAGUUUGACACGUCAUCAACUCGUCUGUUUUCGGACCCAACCACUCACCACGUGGGGGUGAACGUGGAUUACAGCAUGACGUCAGCAGGCCAUGCGUCCGUGCACCCCGCGGGCAUGGCCUCGCUGGGCGGCAACAAGAACGAGACGCUGCAUGCGUGGGUGGCCUACAACGCCACCGCCUCGCUGCUCUCCGUGCGCCUCUCCUCCUCGCCCGUCAUGCCCCCCUCCGCCCUCCUGUCCCUCCCCUUCAACGCCUGCGAACUUUUCCACAUUGCUCCGAAGGAGGACGGAGGGGAGGGUGAGGCCGUGUUGGUGCAUGCGGGGUUUGCAGCCGGCACGGGGCUGCUGCCGCUGCACACUCAGACGCACGACAUCCUCUCCUGGGCCUUCCACGUCGACAACCAAGCGCUGGCUCCUCCCGCCCUGUGGCUGCCGCCGUCGCUCUCCUUCCCCUUCUUCACGCAGGGCACCCGCUUCACUGCCUCGGGUUCAACUCGCCUCACCUUCUCCUCGCUGCAACUCACUCCAGGCAACGAGCAGGAGGAGUCAGGCGCCGCCUUCUUCCCCCUCCCCCUUCCCCUGCUCUCGCUGCUCCCCGCCCCUGCGCCUCGCAAGAAGAAGGGCGGGAAGGUUGAUGCUUUGGUGUGCAAGGCUCGAUCCUUCACCUCGUGGUUUCCUUUUGAGCUCAAGGGAAGCUACUAUAAUGGCUUUGGGGUGGUUUUCGUGCUAAGUACUCGGCCGGGGUUGGGGCAAGGAGGGGUGGGUAUGGGGUAUGGGAGGGACACGCAAGAGAGGGAUGCGAAUGGGACGUGGGCGGACGGAGGGAGGAGUGUGGCGGUGAUGUUUGAUGCCUUCAGCGGCCUUGACCCUAACCGUGACGUUAACAAGGAUGUGGCGAUUCUCUCCGUUCACACUGACUUUAACGUGACUCGGCGGCUGGCUUUUUCGUCUCAAAAGAGAUACACUUCAUCCUCGUUAUACAGCAUGAGGGUGGACUAUACAGCUGCCACUAAGACACUGGAGGCAGUGACUUAUAAAGGGGCUACGAGGAUGGGGAGUGUGAAGCUGACUCUUGACCUGUGCUCUGUGUUCUAUGAUGGCAAUAGCAGCACCGAGGGAGUGAUUCCGGUGUUUGCUGGGUUCAGCAGUGCCAACACGCGGGCAUGCGUUCAGUCCAUCAAAGCGUGGACGAUUCGAUUCACAGACGUCAACCCAUGCACGGCGUGGGACGUGAAUCCAUGCGGUGCUGGCAGGUGCAUUGCGGUGCGGUCAGCAGCCACAGGCACAUACACCAGCACGUGCUCGUGCCCUCUCAGCCAGCCCAGCUACAAGCUCCCCCAAAUGCCCGCCUUCCAAUCGUGCCACAAUGAGUACCCUAUCUGUCGCCUUAACAGCACUGACACGUGUGCGCCUGGCGUGUGCCUCGAGGGCUAUGAUGCUUCAUCCUUCUGCCUCUGCCCGCCCUCCUUCUUCCCCCUCGACUACUCUAACCCCCUCAAGCAACCCUGUAAACAAGUGAGUGAGUCUGCCACUCGAGUGCCAUCCUUCCCAGCACCCCCCGGCCUCACAUGCCCUCUGCUGCUCGACAUCUUUGACCUCUCACCUCAAGAGCUGCUGGAGAGCAACCAGGUGAGGGGUGUUAACGAGUUCUCUGUUGCGCUGUUCUCUGUUGCGCUGUUCUCUGUUGCGCUGUUCUGUGUUGCGCUGUUCUCUGUUGCGCUGUUCUCUGUUGCGCUGUUCUCUGUUGCGCUGUUCUCUGUUGCGCUGUUCUGUGUUGCGCUGUUCUGUGUUGCGCUGUUCUCUGUUGCGCUGUUCUCUGUUGCGCUGUUCUCUGUUGCGCUGUUCUCUGUUGCGCUGUUCUGUGUUGCGCUGUUCUGUGUUGCGCUGUUCUCUGUUGCGCUGUUCUCUGUUGCGCUGUUCUCUGUUGCGCUGUUCUCUGUUGCGCUGUUCUCUGUUGCGCUGUUCUCUGUUGCGCUGUUCUCUGUUGCGCUGUUCUCUGUUGCGCUGUUCUCUGUUGCGCUGUUCUCUGUUGCGCUGUUCUCUGUUGCGCUGUUCUCUGUCGCGCUGUUCUCUGUUGCGCUGUUCUCUGUUGCGCUGUUCUGUGUUGCGCUGUUCUGUGUUGCGCUGUUCUCUGUUGCGCUGUUCUCUGUUGCGCUGUUCUCUGUUGCGCUGUUCUCUGUUGCGCUGUUCUCUGUUGCGCUGUUCUCUGUUGCGCUGUUCUCUGUUGCGCUGUUCUGUGUUGUGCUGUUCUCUGUUGUGCUGUUCUCUGUUGCGCUGUUCUCUGUUGCGCUGUUCUCUGUCGCGCUGUUCUCUGUUGUGCUGUUCUCUGUUGCGCUGUUCUCUGUUGCGCUGUUCUGUGUUGCGCUGUUCUGUGUUGCGCUGUUCUGUGGUAUGGCAUGUGACAAGCCCAUACCUCGUGGGUUGAUAGUCAACGUGUCGGCAUCUGCCAACAAGAGCUGCACUAGCAUGUAUACCACCAACCAGGGUGACACAUGCACAUCAAUCAACACCCUUCUUGACACCAACAUAACAGAUCUAAACCGUAACAUUGACUGCUCACAACCUCUCGUUCCUGGAAAGCGCAUAUGUGUGCGGAACAACCCUGACAUGCCCACGCCCCCGGUGGCGGCCUGCAUGGUUCACCAGGGUCUCGACCCCGAGGUGCACACGUGCCAGCGGCUCUCCACACUCGGCUACGGGUUUAACCGCAUGAGCUACUCAUCGCUCUUCCUCGUCAACCCUGCCCUCUACUGCGACCAGCUGCUGCCCGGUGCAGCUGGGUGGGACGACUCUGUUGUCGACUCGGACUCCUUCAAGUGGUAUUCCCAUGGUUGGAUUGCUGAAGAAUGUGUUUUGACGCAGCCUGCAUGGCAAGCUAAUCGCCCAGGUUCGGACAACUCUGUGAUUUGA